AUGUCGGAGUUCUGGUUAAUUUCCGCCCCAGGAGACAAGACAAACCUGCAGGCAUGGGAGAGAAUGAACACGGUGACAUCUAAAUCCAACCUGUCCAGCAACAGCAAAUUCCAUAUUCCGGACUUAAAGGUGGGGACACUGGAUGCUCUUGUUGGCCUGUCAGAUGAGUUGGGAAAACUUGAUAGCUUUGCUGAAAGUGUCAUAAAGAAAAUAGCCCAGUACAUAGGAGAAGUUAUGGAGGACUCAAAAGACAAAGUCCAGGAAAAUCUUCUGGCCAAUGGAGUUGACCUAAUUAGCUACCUGACACGGUUUGAGUGGGACAUGGCCAAAUAUCCCAUCAAGCAGCCGCUGAAGAAUAUAUCAGAAGCAUUAGCAAAGCAAGUGAAUCAAAUAGAAACAGACCUAAAGACCCGAUCAGCUGCAUACAACAACAUUAAAGGAAAUUUGCAAAGCCUGGAGAAAAAAACUGUGGGAAAUCUGCUGACUCGGACCCUAGCAGACAUUGUGCAUAAAGAAGACUUUGUUCUGGAUUCCGAGUAUCUGAUCACGCUGCUCGUCGUGGUGCCAAAGUCAAGCUACGUACAGUGGCAGAAGACCUAUGAAUCCCUCUCCGACAUGGUAGUGCCUCGCUCCACCAAAAUGAUUGCUGAGGAUGCAGAGGGAGGACUCUUCACCGUGACUCUGUUUAGAAAAGUGAUGGAUGACUUCAAGGCUAAAGCCAGGGAGAACAGGUUCAUAGUUCGAGAAUUUUAUUUUGAUGAGAAGGAACUGAAAUGUGAAAAGGAAGAGUUGAUGAAAUUAGCUUCUGAUAAGAAACAACAAUACGGCCCGUUACUGCGCUGGCUCAAAGUGAACUUCAGUGAAGCGUUUGUGGCUUGGAUUCACGUGAAAGCCUUGAGAGUUUUUGUUGAAUCUGUCCUGAGGUAUGGCCUCCCGGUGAAUUUCCAAGCAAUGCUGCUGCAGCCCAAUAGGAAGUCUGUAAAACGCCUGAGAGACAUCCUAAAUGUGGUCUUCAAGCACCUGGAUGAAGUUGCAGCAGCAAGUAUAAUGGAUCCUGGCAUGGACAUCCCUGGGUUACAGCUGAGCAAUCAAGAGUACUACCCUUAUGUCUAUUUCAAGAUUGACCUCAGUCUUCUUGACUGA